AUGGAUCUUUUGAAGGACGCUGCUAAGAACUUGAAUCUCUAUGAGGUCAAGGCUUAUGUGCGUAAAGCACAAAAUGUUGCGAUGAAUUACACUGAGAUUGAAUCGAAAGUUAGGGAGGCUACAAACAAUGAGCCAUGGGGUGCGCCCACAACUUUGAUGGCACAGAUUGCUUCGGCAACUUACAAUUAUAGAGAAAGAGAAGAGAUUUUGGCAUUCAUUUUCCGUAGGUUUACAGAAAAGGCUGCCAAUGAAUGGAGACAGAUUUACAAAUCAUUGCAAUUGUUGGACUAUUUGAUUAAAAAUGGUAGUGAGAGGAUCAUUGAUGACGUGAGAUCAAAUCUUUCAUUGAUCCAAAUGUUAAAGUCCUUCCAUUACAUAGAUUCCAAAGGAAGAGAUCAAGGAAUCAAUGUUAGAAAUAAAGCAAAGAAUUUGAUUAGCUUUUUGAAUGACGAUGGUCUAAUUAGAAGUGAACGGAAAAAGGCCAGAGCCAAUCAAAAGAAAUUUGGUGGUGUUUCAUCGGCUGCGUUCGGUGGUGCAUCGUCAAUUGGAACUGGCUAUGGUGGAUCCUCUUCCACUUUUACUGAUGUCGAUGAUGAUGAGUUUACCAAUAGGGUUUACGGUGAUGGUGGUGUAUACGGGGAGAGGUAUGACGAUCCAGCUUCAGCUUACCAAAAUGGAGCAACGGGAAGUAGUGGGGAUCAAUUUGAAGAGUAUGACGUGCAACCGACCACAAAGACGGCGGUGUCGAAGGCAACUACUAAAGCUUCGAGAGUGAAUGCAGGCGCCGCAGCAAAGUCGAAAGCUCAGCCAAGGGAACCAGAAAACGACCUCUUGGGGGAUUUGUUGGGGCUUGAUACUGCUCCAAAGAAUGAUCUUUCUAAAAAUUCUAAUGAAGAUGACGACGAUGAUUUUGACGAUUUCCAAGCUGCCCCUUCACAAUCGCAGAAAGGUAACAAUUUGUCCACCAACUUGUCUAACUUGUAUCAUCCCCAACAACGGCAGCAGCAGCAAUCGCAGCAAUCACAAGCCAUUCCUCAAUUCCAACAAUUUCCAUCACAACUGAAUGUUUUUUCUGGAAACGCAGGAAUUUCUUCUACAGGUUCUUCAUCUGCCGGACCUGCUAAAGCAUCUAACAACGAUGCCUUCUCAAAUUUAUUCCUGUCUGCAAAGACCAAAACGAGUGGACAAAAAGCAAGCGGCUCUCACCGAAACUCAGCUAAGACUUCGGCCACUGCCACCACCGCUACUGCUGCUGGUACCACUCCCGCUCAUGCAUCGUCGCAAAACGAUGACCUUUUCGGUGACUUUAGUUCAAACAACCAAUCUAAUUCUGCUACGAAAUCGAAUGCUAACAGCACCGAUGGCAAGCAAAACGGAGGAGACGUAGAUUUGUUAAGUUUUUAG